GAACCCAUAGCAUUGAGCCAUGGCGGUUAAAAGUGGUGUCAAACUGCAUUAAUUCUACAUCUAGAUGCAGCCAUAUUUUUAAGAUGCCCCACCAGUCAUGCCAGGAAGCUCCCCACAAAAAUUUAAAUUUCCUGUCAUCAUUAUUUUAACAAUUUCUACUUGUUUAAUGUGACGUUCAUCACAGAAUUUGAACCUGCUACUGUUAGGGAUUUUCUGUGAGUUAGGGAAAAUUGCCCAAAAAUAUAGCAAAGCAUCGAAAAUACAAAACAGGAUACUUGUAGUUGAGCAUUUAGCUUACAGCAAACAGAGUGAAUUGCCAUGUGGCUGUAAAGAAUUUAGGAAGAAGAGCUUAGGAAGAAAACAUGCAGAUUUCAAUCUUUAUAAAUACAAAAUGUUCAUUUACAAAAAUAACUACAUUUCUUAAUAGUAAAGAACUGGAUCCUAGCUACUCUAUAACUCAAUCUCUUCUAAGGUUCAAAAAAGAGGGAAAAGUCUUUCAUCACUACAUCUCUCCUGACACACAAGCAGAGAGAGAUCUCAAAAUACACAGCACACGCUAAGAUGUAAUAGUAGAAAAUCAAAGACAAAGUGCAUGCAGUUGUAAAGUAUCAAUUCUACAUAACCAGUCAGAAAGAGCAAAAACAGAAAAGAAUACCCUGUUUGCCCGAAAAUAAGACAUCCCCUGAAAAUAAGACCUAGCAGAUGUUUUGCUGAAUUGCUAAAUAUAAGGCCUCCCCCGAAAGUAAGACCUAGCAAAGAUUUUGUUUGGAAGCAUGUCCAACAAACAGAACACCAGACCAUGUAUGGUAUGUACAUUUAUGUAUAAAUGUACAUAGCAUAGAUUGUUGUACACGGAAAUAAUUGUAGUAACAAGAAAUUAUUGAUAGGAUUCACAGCUUGUCUGGUUAUAUUGGUUUGUGAUGACAACUAUUGUACAGUAUAUAAUAAUUGUUCAUUUUUUUUGUUUAACAAUACAUGUGAAUUCUUCUUCAUGGAAAAACAAGACAUCACCUAAAAUAAGACCUAGCACAUCUUUGGUAGCAAAAAUUAAUAUAAUACACUGUCUUAUUUUCGGGGAAACGGUACAUUCCAACUGUCAUUCAGGAAACGGUGAGGAAUUCCCUCAGCCUAUUCUAAAGCUACCUGUCUACUCCUCAUUAAGGACUGCAGACUUGGGCAGUGUGGGGUUGAACUCCAACAGCUACUGCAAUCCAUUUCUGCAAGGGAAGCAAUUGGAGUGGAAUGAAACAAUCCUGACUGCUGGAUCAAACUACAGUGGGCCCAUUGUCUCAAGAAGAUUUGCAUGAAUAAUAACCCAUGCAUGCAUCUGCAUAAAUAGUGGAAGAUCUUGAUAAGGGUCUACUCUCCAAGUUAUAUUAUCUUCGUUCCCUGUGACAUAUUCAACACUGAGGAGUACCUACAAGAUUCUCCCAUCUCAAGCACUCCUGAUUUAGUUGUUGCAUGCUAUUCUAGAAUCUAUCUACUGAGGGUAAAAUAAAACAUGUACAUAUAUAAUGUUAAAACAUAAACACAUUUCACAAGCUACACAAUCACUGUAAAGGACAAAGCAAUGCAAAUCGUUUUUAAAAGAGGACCAAACAUUGUUUUAAAAAGAGCCCUGUAACUCAUGAUCAUUGCCAAGCUGUCUACAGUGAUACCAUGAGUGAAGAGUUUAAUUCAUUCCACGACCAAGCUCUUAACUCAAAAUGCUCUUAUCGCAAAGUGAAUUUUCCCCAUUGAAUGCUAUUAAUCCAUUUCGUCCCCCCGAAAUCCCCCCCAAUUUUUGUUACAUGUUUUUAGAUAAGAAAAUGUAUAAAUAACAAAUAGUGUAUAAAUGCACAUUCACAUAAGACAAUAAAAAAGAAAGAUCAACUUUAAAAUGGUAGAAGCACAAAGCCGUGGCAAGGAAGCACAAAGUGAAGAGGCAGAAGCAUCAUUUUCUUCAUACUGUACUCAUUCCAGCCUCCCUCCCUCUCGUGCUCACUCUCCUCCACGCUCUUCAUGAAGCCAAACAUACCCAGAAUAAAAACCACACCAAAUCAACUAACCCAAAAUUCCGCAAAGUGGACAAGAGCAAAGCGGACAGCAAUCUCCCAAUGCAGACAAGAACACAAGGCACGGAGGCCUUUGAAGCCCUAAAGCCCAGUAAUAAUCUUGUGCUAGCUCUGAACUCAAAAUGCUGAUCUUAUGUCAAAGCAAAAUCCAGGCCAGUCAACUGCUCUUAACUCAAAAUGUUCUUAAGUUGGGAGGCUCUUCAGGAGACAUUCCACUGUAUGUGUUGUAUUCCAAGACCUCUUGAGAAACACUGUAGUUCAUAUCAGCUAUGUUUUUAAUGAAGUAUAGGCUGAUGGCAACUCUGACAUUCCACAGAUACGGUAUAUAAACCUCGUUUCCAACAGACCUCACAACCUCUGAAGAUGCCUGCCAUUGAUGUGGGCAAAACGUCAGGAGAAAAUGCUUCUGGAACAUGGCCAUACAACCCAGAAAAUUCACAGCAACUCAGUAACAUAUUUUCUAUAAACUGCCAUAUCUAGUUACAACAGCAGGUGUCAGUGUAAGUAAAUUCAAAAUCAAACCCUGCAAUUCCUUUUGCCUCAUCAUCCAAUAGUAACGAAGCCUGCAAUUAUUGUGUGGAAAAUGAUUUCUUUAUCAAAUAUCUUGCAGCUGUUUUAUGUACAUCUGCAGUAAUUCAUCUGUGCACACAAACACACAUAUAUACAUGUAGGCACAUAUCAUUUUCACUGGAACAUUUGGAAUAUUAUAUGGGUUUAUAUUUAUAUGUAAUCUUUAAGAAACGAUACUGCUCUGAAGAGAUUCCGAAUAGCAAUACUGUUGUAGGUAAAAGUCACUUGAGUUGCAAUUGAUUUAAAACUGCAUUUGGAAGUAUCAAAUAUAAAGCAAAACAUUGGAAGAAAUAAUUCUGAACUGUCAAAAGUUUCAAAUUGCUAAUAAAAGCAGAAAUGGGUCGUCGAGACAAACACAUAUUAAAUUCUCUCUGACAAGAACAGGGGAUACUCUUGAGAGGAAGGCUUUUUAUAACCAUUUUUCAGAUAAAAGAAAAUUCCAUACUAACGACCCUCAAAAUAUCCAUGGUCUUAAAAUAAGGUCAGUUUCUCAAUGUACAUUAAGGUGCAAAAAGAAAGCAGAAAUCUGCAAAUAACUACCUAAUAUUUUCAAACUAACUGGCAGACAAGGUAGAUGGGUACCACAACUUUUUUUUUUAAAGGAAUCUGUUAACUAGUAUUCCCAGGUUUCUGUCAGAUUAUUGCAUUUGCUCUUCUGAUAUCUUAAUUCUAAAAGCAAUUUCAGACCCAUCGACUUUCGGAUGAGUGAGGGGAUUAAUUUCAAUAUGCUUAGAGAGUGAUGUGAUUAGUGACUAUAUUUCUCAUGAAAUCUGUAUAAAAAAUACGUCUCUGUGUCUUAAUUUCUGUUUUACUAAAUUGCGCAUAUUUCCGUGGAAAGAACUUUUCCAUGGGGGAAAAUAUUCAUAUUUAGGUCUAAUACACAUAAGCAAGGAUAUUUCCCAAAUAUAGUGUGCCAUACAGAGAAUACCUCUUAAAUAUGCAUAGAUUAAAUAUACACGGAAUGGCUCAGGACUCUGUUGAACGUAUUCGCUGAUUGACUCUUCGAAUGGUGGGAAAUUCAGUAAACUGUCAUUGGAUUAUCUAAAGUGUCAGUCCAUUUAAUGGUCCACCUCUGAAAAAGGGCACAAUUCUAAAGGAAUGUGGUGUGGCAGUAUGUAAUGAGUCUUUAGACCUUGCCCUUGGAUGACGUGUUUUAUAUUGGAAUGCAUUUUAAUUACCGGUAUGUUUUUAUGUCUGUCUUCAUUUUAAUAAUUCUAUUUUAUGCCUGUGUUUUGCCAAAGCACUGCACAAGUGUCGUUGUAAGAGAAAGGCAGGAUAUAAAUAUGGUGAGUAAAUAAAUAAUAAAUUUGAUGGGUUUAAUGGGCUAGCUCUGGUUAGCCCCAUAAGGGUUAGUCCAGUGCACACAAUGGAAACUUGGGGAUGAUGACCCCAGUAGGUAUGCUGGCUUGAGACAUGGGUGCCAGAUCUUUCCCACAGAUAGCCCCAAUCUCAUCAGUGGGAGCAGAAAAUAGACCCAGAGACGCUGACGUCAAUUAAUUGAUUGUUUCUUCUCACGUCUUCCAGUUCAUUGUGAGGGGAUUAUGGAGAUGGAAGGAGGGAGUCUGGAUGUAUUGGAGCAGCGUUCCAAAGGCGAUGGGUGGACUCUGCUUGGUGUCUCUCCUGCUGCCGUUGGCCUCUGCGCUGGACUUCGGCUACCACCACACCGAGGAGAUGGAAGCCUUCCUGAAGGCCGUGAGCAAGAACCACUCUUCCAUCACUCACUUAUACAGCAUUGGCCAGUCGGUGCAAGGUAGAGACCUGUGGGUUCUUGCUCUGGGAAGGUUCCCAACCCAGCAUAGGAUUGGCAUACCAGAGUUCAAGUAUGUUGCUAAUAUGCAUGGGGACGAGGCAGUUGGACGUGAGCUGCUGCUCCAUUUGAUAGACCUUUUGGUGACAAGUGACCAGCAUGAUCCAGUCAUUACAAGGCUUAUUGACAGCACCAGGAUACACAUCCUACCUUCAAUGAACCCUGAUGGAUUUGAAGCAACAAAAGAGUUUGACUGUUUCCCUCCAUUUGGCAGGAAUAAUGCUAAUUUCGAAGACCUGAACAGAAACUUUCCUGAUGUCUUUGACAAAAAUAAUGCCACAAUCCAGCCAGAGACUCGAGCAGUGAUGGACUGGUUAAAAAAUGAGAUGUUUGUACUCUCUGCUAACCUGCAUGGUGGAGCACUGGUAGCAAGUUAUCCUUUUGAUAAUGGUUAUUUAGGUGAAAUUACUUUACAAGGCAAUAGUAAAACUGUGGAUGAUGAUGUUUUUGUGCACCUUGCAAGAACAUAUGCAAACAACCAUGCUACAAUGUCUCAAGGGGGUUCAUGUCACAAUGUUGAAGACUUUCCAGGUGGCAUUACAAAUGGGUAUGCUUGGUACAGGCUGCUAGGUGGAAUGCAAGAUUAUAACUAUAUCUGGGCUCAGUGCUUUGAAAUUACAUUAGAAGUAUCAUGUUGUCAGUAUCCACCAGAACAUGAACUGCCAUCCUUUUGGGAUGAUAAUAAAAUGGCUUUGAUUGAGUACAUUAAACAAGUGCAUCUUGGAGUAAAAGGCCGUGUUUUGGAUAAGAAUGAAAAUCCUAUUCCAGGUGCGAUAGUGGAGGUUUCCGGAAGGCAACAUGUAUGUCCUUACAGAACCAGAGAAAAUGGAGAAUAUUAUCUUCUGUUACUGCCUGGGACUUAUAUACUUAAUGCAACAAUAACUGGAUCCGUGUCAUUGCUACAUGAAGUACAUAUACCAAACACAACAGCAAACUUCAGUGCCCAGAAACUUGACUUCAUUUUCCCUGAUGAAAAGCUUGGCAGACUGGAACUUACUUCAUGCCCUGAAGUACCACUUUAUUCUCCAAAUUACUAUAAAAACACAUCAACCGCACUGAAACCUUGUAUUAACUUCUUGAUUUUAAUUCAUGGUUUAUAUGUAGCAUUUAGAUAAUGUAUUUAUGUGUGUGGUUUAAAAAAAUACUUGAACAAAAAUCGUUUAUAUUUGAAUUUAUAAGAUUUAAAAACAGGGUGCAAAACAUUUGUGACAAUCAAUAAAUAUCUAUUUCAGUA